GCUCGCUACUCGCUAGAGGUAAAUUUACCGCAAAAACUAAGCUCGCUGAAUGUAGUGCUGCGACGAACUGCGAAGAAAAAGCAAUCGAACCUGUUGCCUUGGUCUUGGUAAACAGAGAGUUGUUAGUGGGAAUGGCUCGAAGGGGCAUCAAAAGGAAAGCACCUGACCUGGGACGUUUGCCCAGCCUUGAUGACUACGCCCCAACACUGUUCAUCAGGUGUCACAACCAGAAGGACGAUGAUGAUGAGACAAAGAUUUGGAAAUGUGCAUUUGAACCGUCCCUAGAGAAUCCAAAUGAGACGACUAACCUGCUUGCCACCUGUGGCGGUAAGACAGUCUGCAUCAUCGACGUCAACACAGAGCAGGUGCUGAAACGCUUCAGAGACAUUGAUAAAAAUGAGAAUUUUUACACCCUCGCCUGGACCACAAUUGAAGCAUCCAGUAAAAAGAAGGUCAACAUUUUAGCUGUUGCAGGUGAAGGUGCCACAAUCAAACUGAUCUACCCAAACCAACUUUUGAUGUAUGCUCUGAUUCGGGGUCACAAGAAAUACAUCAGCUGUUUGACCUUUCAUCCAACGGAAACCAGACUUCUCUUCAGUGGGUCUCGCGAUGGUUUUGUGUAUCUGUGGGACAUUGGGAUCCCAGAUAACUCUCCCAGCAGCAAUUACUCGCCGCUACUGAAAAUCUCUCUCCAAGACACAGUGGGUGAUGCUCUGAAUUUGGAGUUUUGUGAAAACACGUGCUUGCUCAUAGCCGGCGCAGAGAGGGGCUGUGUGGGAUGGAUCGUGUCGGAUGCUUCGGCUUUGUCGCCCGUCAGACGUGCCAGGGUCAUAGAGAGACCAGAUGUUGUUUUUCAACAUCCGAAAUCCAAGACAACAACAGUAGAUGGAUUGAUGAAGCUUCCUGGUGAUCUGAUAGCAACAAAACAAGUGGGAUCUGGUGAGAUUUUGAUCUGGGACCUGGCCAAGCAUAUGAACACGGUGGCUGUCAACAACUGCAAAGACGUUGCUAUCGAACCAAUCAUCAAACUCAAGUACCCACAACACAAUGUCAAAUACCUCAAUCUCGGAUUUAGCAACGGUCUGCUGGGCGUUGGGGAUGAUCAGGGAAAUUUGUUGUUGUACAACAUUGAAACAGUUCUUUCCAAAAAACAACAAAAUGAAGAUGAGGAAAAUAUCUGGGAAGCAUCUUUGAUUCUGGAGUGGCCCAACAUAACCAACAAUCAGGAUAUUGUGCCCAAAACAGAACUGGUGGUGAACACGGUGGCCAUCUCCAGCUCCCACGAGUUUGUCACAGGUGGCACGGACAACAACUUAGUCUGCAUCUGGAAGAGAGAGGACGAGGAGGAGAAAGCGGCCAGUAGCAAAGACGGGGACUGAGCGCUGGGCUGGCUGUGGAAUGGAUGCGUUUUUAGUCUCAUCGUGUUUUCAGAAUUCUGUGCUGAAACUGAAAGUGGAACAGUUGUCUUAGUAGUGUGGUGUGGUAGUAAGUUAUAUCAUGCCCUGGGAAUGUUUUGCUCACUGAAGAAUGGUUGCGUUUUAGUUGUGUGUCUUCAGAAUGCUGCGGCUGACUGUGAAGUGGUGCGUUUUAGUUACGCCAUGCAUGUCUUCAGAAUGCUGCGGCUGACUGUGGAGUGGUGCGUUUAAGUAAUGUCAUGUCCUCAGAAUGGUGCUCUAAUUCUGGAAUGAUUGUCCUAAAAGUGUGUUAGUGACACAUGUUGCCCUCAGAAUGACAAGAUUCUGAUCUCUUAUGUUGUUGCAGAACUGAGUUGUACACUGUUUUCUACUUCUGGAUCUCGGUUAUAAACCUGCCUGGUUGUAAUAAUCUCCUUGGUUUGUCAGAUAAAUUUUUAAUUUACCCACCACCACUCCCCCCCCCCCCUCCUUUGUACAAAUAGUACUGUGAGGUGCAGUGUUGUAAAGACUUUGGUGUUUAAGUUUGAUGAAUUGCUCAGUAGGUGUAGUGUCUGUUCGGUGGAUGUUGCUGUUGGCUCUUGAUUUAACCCUUCUAAGUGGCUCUAAUAAAUAGCUUGUGGUGCCAGGGGAAAUUCUAUGAUUUCACCUUAAUAUGUGAGAAAAAUACUUGAGAACAGGCAAAUGAAGCAAGCAAAGGUGUUAACCUUUUCAUAUUUAGAAAGAAGAAUGUAAAUUAAAAAUACAGAUCAUUCGUGAAGGAGUUGAAAUGUUUAAUAAUAUAAAAAAGGUGAUAAACAAAUUGGAAAUUACGGCAGAUUUAAUCGGCAGCAACACCGCAGAGUGAAGCUUUAGUAGGUCAAUUUAAUUAUCCGUCGACACUUGGAGGGUCAAACAUUUUGUAGGCUUAUUUGAUUAUUUUUAUAGUUGUUGACAUACCCUUUAUGGAGGACAUUGAGAGUUAAAUUGAUUGAAAAGAAUGAUAAAUGACUAGUGCACCUCUCCACUGACAAAAAUGCUAUUUCGUUCUUGUAAUUUGAUAAGUUUCAAACUGAGUUUGUCUAUUUCUUUUCGAGCGUUUUGUGAAACAUGGGGAGUCCUGACAGGUCCAAAAUUACAGUGUACAGGAAUGAAUUCAUAAAUAAAGAAAAUAUAGUUGGACUGAGUUGAAAAAGCUUGUGCAAGAGAUUUUCUUUGAACUAUUCAUUUUUUCUGUGAUGUUAUGUCUCAUGUAUGAAAUAGUCAAAUCAAUGUUUUCCUCUUUGAGUCCGUGGAUGUUUAAAGAAGACUUGAAAAUAAUUAUAGCAUUUGUAUAGUGCAAAUUCAGGCUCAACAGCUAGCUCUAUGUGCUUUACAAUCUAUGUAUUAUUACCCCAGCACACUUGUUAGCAUUCUAAAACAAUCUCAACUUUCUGGGAAGCAUACAGUGCAAGCUGCCAUUUUAUAGGCACUAAAACACCAACACACUGACUAGAUCUUUCACUGUCUAGAGCUGGGUACUUAUGUAAAAUGCCUUUCCCAAGGACAUGACAUCAGGCCUGAGGCUCGAACCCCUGAACCCUAUGAUUUCGAGUCCGCUAGCCUAACCACUUGACUACCAAAGCCACCAAGUUCCAAGGUGCAUCUUUCGAGCUCAGUGUUAUACUGUUUUAACUUGUUGAUGUCUUGAGCAGUAUUGAGCCAGGUCUAUGCUUUGUUUUUGGCCUUACUGAGAAGGGCAAAGUGUUUCCUUUAUUAUAACAGUUAUAAAAGCUUAGAUUUCAGUCCUUUAUUUAUUGGAACUCAAAAGUGCACUGCAUAGUGCUUGAAUCUUGUCAUUCAAAGUGCUUAGUAUAUUUCUGAAUUGGUGGAUCAACAUGUACUAUAAGAUAUGGCUGCUUUGGAAGUGUGUAUAUAUAUAAAUAAUGCUGAGGAAUGGGAGCUUCAUCGCUCUUUGACCUUGGUGUGAGAUUCACUAGCCUGUGGUCAGUGAGAUUGUGUGAUAGGUUUCUUUCCUCAUUCUGUCUGCUUGUUUUUGGUUUGGGAAUGGGGGAAUGGGCAUUAUGAAGAGUAACGUGUCUGUCGAUUUGCAUGAAAAAAAUCAAAUGAACCUACUUGGAAAACCUGGAAGUGUCAUCUCUAGAUUCAGCCUUUGAUGUGUAAUGAUCCGCCGUUGUUUACGGUAAAAAUGAAUGGUGCACUCACUAGCAGAAUUGUGUAAUGAUCUGCCUUUGUUUAUGGUAAAAAUAAAAAUGAACAAUGUACUGAUUAGCAGAACGUUUUUCAGCUGUUGGUCUGUUGUGUAUACGUAAUAAUAAUCGAUAUAUUUUCUUCUGUUGCAUGUGAUGUAGGCCAAAUUGAUUUGGCUUUCUGCUAUGUUGACAAAAACGAUUUUGCUUGUUGGGCCUCGGGAAAUGAGAAAAUGAGGGGAAAGCUCGCUCUCUCUCCCAUGAAUGGCGUAGAGUCCUCAAUCAAAGUGUCAUGUAAAACUUUUAAAAUUAAAUUAUUUACAAUAUUUAAAGAU